AUGAGAAUAAAUUAAUAUGCUUGUAUUUCUCUAACUUAAGAUUAUUAAAAGAAAGGAGACAUUCCAGAUUGUAAUGACUAAUGGAUCAUUUUAAAUAAGUAAUUAAAUUAUUUAUUUUUUUAGAGCGCAAUGCAUUAGACACAAACUUUAAGAGUAUGAACCAAUAGUGGGUCCAGGAAAAUUAGAUUCUUAGAAUACUGUAAAUUAGUUUACAAAUUAAACACCAAAUUCAAGUUCUAUUUUUACUAUUCUAAAUGAUAAAUUAUUGAUCGCUUAUAAAUAGUAGAUUUUGUAAUAUGAUUGCAUUUCAGAUUUAUUUUCCACUAAUAAAUAUUAAAUUUGUAUGCCAUAAUAAUAGCUUACAAUAACAUAAGGAAAUGUAAUUUCAUUGCAUUCAAAUUAAAACCAAUUAAUCGUAAGAACAGAUAAUGGAAUAAUAUUAUAUAAGUAUAAUAACUCAAAUGUAUUUAAAUAAUUUAAAUAUUUUAGUUUACAAUUCUAAAAACUUACAAUUAUUAAAAUAUUAAAUAACUUAACAUUGAAAAUAAUAAGCUUUUUCUUUGUUUGGCUGAUAAAUUAGUAGAGAUUAACUUAAUAAAUUAUAAAGAAGAUAUUUUAAAGAAUGAUAAUAAAAUAGCCGCUGGUUAUCUGAAUGGUUAAGACUAUUAUUUUAUUUGUGAAGAUUCAAAUUAAGUAAAGAAUCUCAAUCCUUAAAAAAGGUUUGAAUUGGAAAUUUCAAAGAAUAUAGUGAUUAAAGCUAUAUUUGUAAUAAAUAAAUUCAUUUGUGUUUGUGGUUAUGAAACUAAAUUUGAACCAAUGGAUGAAGAUGAUGAAGAACCAGCAACAUAUAGUGCUCAUAUAAUUUGGUUUGACAUGAGUUGUAAUUAACCUAUAAGAGAAUGUGGACAUUUAGAAGUAGAUUUGAUUUCAGAUACAAAUAACAAAGGUGAUUUUGGAAUUGUAUAGAUAAGUGAUUUGCAUAUAGUUUAUGGAAGUAAUUUAAGAAUUGCUACUUUUUGGACAUUAGAUAAAAUUUGUUAAUAAGCCAAAAGAUAUGAGAAUUCAGACGAAAAAUUAGAAUUACUUUAACAUUCAGAAAUUAGAGGAUUUGCAAUUUAUAAAUCUAAUCCUUUUAUUGGUUUUGGAAUGAAUCAAAAAUCUUUUCGUUGUAUUGAAAGAAAUCCUAAUAUUUGUGUCUUAGAUAAAAAAGGAGGAUUAUAAAUGUAUGAAUUUCUUAAUUUUAAAAAAAUCAUUGAUUAUUAAAUUAAUUAACCAUAACCUAAUAAUAGUAUGCUUAUCAAUAAUAAUUAAUUUAUUAAUUAAUUUGGAUUUGCUAAUUCUCAAAAAUUAUAAAAAACUUGGGAAGAUAUUAAAUUUACAUUAAUAGAAAGUUUAAAAAAGGAAAUAAAUGUAAUUGCUAAUCCACCAUUUAAUUUAUAAUUGGUAACAUAAAAUUAACAUUCCCAAAUGGUAUUUGGUUCAGGAAAGAUUAAUUAUGUUUUUCGUUUGCAUUAAAAUACAAAUCCAUCAGCUAAUUUGGCUUUAGAAUAUAAACAUUAUUAGAUUAUAGGACAUGAAAGGGAAAUAAUAAUAUUGACGCCAAUCAUUUUAGAAUAAAUUUUAUCAGAUUAAUAGCCUAAACCUUAGAUUUAAAAAAUAACAUCUAAUCCAAAUGAAACUAUAAACAGUUUAACUUUAUUCAUGAAUAAUAUAUUGAUAUAAACAAAUACUUGUUUAUAUUUAGUUAACGAGAAAGAUGGUUAAUGGAAUAUAAAAUCUCUUAUAACUUAAAAUGAUAUAAAGAGAGUAUAAGUUUUAGAAUAAUAUAUUUUACUCAAAAUAUCAAAGAAUGGAAUAUAAUAAGUUCUCUAUGAAUAUAAAUAAGAAAACUUCUAGUAUAAAGCAUCUUAUAAUAGUGAUGCAGGAUGUCUCUUUUAAUUAGAUGGAUAGAUUUAAUUGCUCUUAAUUAUAGAUGAUUAAUUAUUUAUAUCCAAAGACUUUGUAAAAUAACAAUUAGUUUAAAUCGAUAUUAAAAUAAUGUAAUCUAAGGAUUAUUUUAUUGCUUAAUUGCAUGAAAACCAUAUUUAUAUAUCUUUUGCAAAUAUUAAUGAAUCUGAAUUUAAUCAUUACAUACUUUAAUAUGAUUCAGAAAGAAAUUAAGCUAAAUAAGAAGAACAUCUAAAAGAUAUAUUAGAAAAUCUAAAUAUAAAUGAUCACCUUACUGAAAUAACUGAACUUGAUUGGAAUAUAAGAUAAAUUAAAACCAUUAAAGCAAAAUUUAUAGUAAUAUUUCCAAAUGGAGUAUAAGAAGGAUUUAUUUUCUAGGUUUGUGGAAAUGAUUUACGUACAAUUGAUAAUGAAUAAAGUGAACCUAUUUAAUUAUCAUCAUAUUGUCAUUAUGUUAAAGGAAUCUCAAUACUUAAUUAUGUGCUACCUAGUGAGGAAAAAUUAGGUUAAAAACCUGGGUUAUGUCUAGCAAAAUAAUAAAAAGAUUUUUAAUAUUAAAUGCAACCUUCGAUAUUAAUAUAUGAAUUUGAUGAAAAAAGUACUUUAACUAUUCAUAGAUUAUUGUUGAUAAAAUUAGAUUAAUAGGAUGAUUCAACUCCUCUUUUGUUAACUUAUGAAGAAAAGUAAUAAUCUAAUUAAUCAAAUUUAAAAUAAUAAAAAACACCUGAAAAAUAAUAAGAUAAUACUUAAAAAUAAGUUUAACAAUAACUAUAACCUCCAAAAAGAAUAAUUUAAGUUACUAAUUAAUUAUAAGAAUUGUGUAAAUAAUCUGUAAAAUAAUUAAAUGAAGAAUAAGAUUUCGAUCUUAUUAUGAAACCCUAUUUUCCAAUUUUUACAUCAUAAAAAUUUUUAGAUUAAUUAUAUGUUUGUUAUAAUUAAUUGGAGAAUUAAAGAAAAACAAUGAAAUAAAAAACAAGAAUAAAUUCUUCAGUAUAGGAUUUUUAUUAACUUAGAAAAUCAUUUGAACUUCCAAAACUUGAAUUCCGUUAUGAUUAACUUUAAACUACUUUAACUUAAUUAUCAAAAGUAGAAGAGUAAUUUUCAUGGAUAUGUAAUUUUGUUAUUAAUACUUUACAAAUGAAUCCUAUUAGAAGAAAUAAAAUAACAUUUGGAGAGUUCGAGUUUCCAAGUAUUCAUCAUAUAACACCUAAAAAAUAAACAAGCAAUUAAAAGGCCAAAAAUGGAAGAAAAAUAGUAUUCUCUGAAUUUUAUGAUUAAGAAUCAUAAGCAGAAUAAUAAACUUCUUACAUUGAAAGAUUGUGCUAAUCUCAUAAAUCAAAAAUUAAAUAUUUAUAAUUAAAUAUUGAAUCUAAUAAUGAUAAUACUGAUAUUAAUAUUGCAUAAUUUGCUAUGUAGAAAAGCUCUUUUGGAAUGCCAUCAUCAAAAUAUUAAAAAUCAUAUUAAAAUGUUGAUAAUGAUGGUUAAGAGGAUUAAAAUGAUUAUUAAUUUGGUUAUAAAUAAUAAUUAGAAAUUAAUUAGAAUUAAAAAAAAGAAAUUUUAAAUAAAAAGAACGAAAUAAAAAAAUAAAGUGAAUAUGAUUUAUUAAAUAAAAAUAAUAGAUUUAAUAAUGAAUCAGAUUAAACUGCAGAAAGAAAAAGUGAAAUAAGUUCUUAACAAUAAUUUUCAGAUACCAAUAAUAAAGUUUUAACUAGAACAAAAGGAGGAAUUAUUAAUUAAGGAAUUGAUUAAUAAUCAUCAUUAUCAUUAAGAGAUCCUUUAUAAUCAGAAACUAAUAGUAUUGCAGAAUCUCAAAUUUUAGCUCCAUUUAAAUAAAAAGUAGAGUCAAAAGAAGUUAAAUAAACAUUAUUUGAAUAAUGUCUGAAAACAGAUAAUUCAUAAUUUGUGUUUGGCUCUAGUUAAAUUUUAAAUCCAACCUAAGAAAAAAUGCCUUAAAAAACAACAAAAAUAGAAGAACCAUAAAAAUAAGAAGGUGCAAUUUUUAAUUUUUCUUCUGUAUCAUAAGCACUUUCAAAAUAAGAUGAUAAAUUUAAUUCCUAAGUUGAAAAUACAAAUAAUUAAAUAUAAUCUCAAAAUUAAAAAGAUUCACUUAAUCAAGGUAAAUCCUAAGGGCUUUUUAAUCUAUAAACUAAUAAAACUGAAGUUCCAGGAACUUCUUAACCUCCAAAAGCAGAUACAACAUCAAUUUUUGCAUUAGCUAAUUCAUAAACAUUAAAUUAAGGUUAAAAUGAAAACCCUGUUGAAAAGUAAUAGAAACCAAUUCAAUAGUAGCCUUCAUUAUUUAAUUCGAAUAUUGGAAAUGGAACUUCUAUAUUUUCAGGAUUUGGUUAAAAUGUUUAAUCUUCAUCUGCAUUUUUAGGAAUUAAUGAUGGUCUUAAAGAUGCUCCUAAAGAUACAUCCCAAUAAGACUAAAAUAAGAAAAAAGAAGAUGAACCAUUAUUAAAUUAAGUAUAAGGAACUUCAAUUAUUAAUAAUAAUCAAGAUAAAUCAGGAAGUUAAGAAUAAAAAUAAAUUCCAUAGACUACAACGCAAACAUAAGCCUCAUCUUUUAGUUUUAAUUUUGGAUAGACAAAUGUUUCUAAUUAAUAAAGGUAAUAUGAAUGUUUUUAUAUAUUAUUAGCAUUUCAAAUUAACCAUUAGCUCCACCUUAAUAAAUUCCACCUGCUUCUUUAUUUCCAUUAGGAUAAUAAGAAAUUAAAUAUGAUACUUUUAAGUAGAAUUAACCUUCUUCUUUUUUGCAAACAUCUAAUAAUUAGGCAUUCUAAGGAUUAUAAUAAACAAUAGGAUUGCCAUCUUAAUUCAAUUAGAGUGGACCACUGAAUCUUAAUGCAGCUAGUUUUGGAAGUUCAAAUAGUAUAUUUGAUUAGAAAAAUUCAGCCCCUCCACCUUAAUAAAGUAUUUAUUUCUUAUUAUUAUUAUUUUAGAAAUCACUUUUAGUAAUCUCUAAAAUUAAAAUGCACCUAAUAGCAUAGGUGGAUUAUUUGGCUAAACAACUUCAGGUGGAUUUAUAUAAACUGGUGCAUUAAAUUAUGGAUUUGAUAGUAAAUUUUAUAUCUAAUUUUAUAGCUAAUUCAGAAAAACCAAGAAAAUGAA